AUGGCUCUUCCCGCCGAACUGUUCCUGUCGCCAUCGCCUCAGGAGCUGACAUUUAUCGCGGAAGAAGAGCUCAUCGAAAUCGUGCCUUCGUUUAGCAUGAGCAGGGUCCGGUUAAUAUCGGCAAGUCCCUCAGGCGUGUACGGACCCUUUCAACCUCCCUCCAAAGCGGUCGUCCCAUUAUGGCUGGCGUUGUCGUUGAAGCGCAAAAAGAAGUGCAGGAUCAUCUGUCCAGAAUGGUUGACAGUCGAGAACCUGGAACAAUUAAUGCAAGCAGAAAAGGAGAAUUCUGAAUCUUUCGUACCGCUUCCAAGGCAUUUCAUCGAAGUCAGCAAGGUCCUUCUCGAUGUUGCGGCCUCGGAUCUAGCUUCUCCCUCUGAACUUCACUCCCUCCUCCUCUCGCUCCGACACAUCCGCCUCGCCAAGAUCCGUACCGGUCUACGU